AUGCAGGAGCCCCUGGCGAGCGGCGCGCAGCACCAGCCCGCGCCCGUGGCGACACUGAGCGUGCGGCGCGCGCGCCUCGCGUGCGUGGCGUGCGGCAGCGCGCGGCUGGCGGCGGGCGGCGGCGACGGCGCGCUGCGGCUGUGGCGCUGGCGGCCGGCGCUCGGCUGGCAGCCGGUGGGUCGGGCGGCCGCGCACCGGUACGGCGUCGCCGCGGUCGCGUUCGCGGCGUCGGGUGCCGUGCUGGCCACGGCGGGCGGCGACGGCGCUGCGCGCGUGUGGGCCGCCGACGGGCCGCGCGAGCGGCGCGCGCUGGCGGCGCCGGGCGCGGCGGCGGCGCGUGCUCUGUGCUGGGCGGGCGGCGAGCGCCUGUGCGUGGGCCACGACGACGGCGGGCUGCGCGUGUGGGCCGUCCGCGCCGGCGCGUUGCUGGCGCACGUGCGCGCGCACGAGGGCGCGCUGGCGGCGCUGGCGGCGCCCGCGGGCGGCGCGCUGCUGCUGGCCGCGUGCUCGGAGGGCGUGCUGAAGGCGUACGACGCGGCGGCGCUGGCGCGGGCGGGCGCGGCGGGCGGGCCGGGCCCGGCGCCGCUGCUGUGGGAGGACGGCGUGCACGACCUGGGCGCGCUGUGCGGCGCGGCGUGGGCGCGCGGCGCGGCUACGGGCGGGCGCGACUCACUGGUGCGCGUGUGGCGCGUGCGCGGCGCGGGGCGCACGCGGGCGCUGGCGGCGCGCGGCGCGCUAGCGGGGCACGCGGCGGCGGUGACGGCGCUGGCGGGCGCACGCGGGCUGCUGCUGUCGGCGUCGCUGGACGGCACGGCGCGGCUGUGGGCGGCGGAGGCGGGCGCGUGCCUGCGCGUGCUGGCGGCGCACGCGCGGGCGGCGACGUGCGCGGCGCUGGCGCAGGACGGGCGCUACGCGGUGACGGGCGCGGACGACGACACGCUGCACACGUGGGCGCUGGGCGCGCUGGCGCUGCAGGACGCGCUGGAGCCGGUCUGCGCGCCCGCGGCGCACUUCGCCCUCGGCGACCUGGAGGGCAUCGGGCCGGUGGCGGAGGCGGCGGACGAGGAGGCGGGGACGGAGGCGGGCGCGGAGGCGGAGGCGGGCGCGGAGCGGGCGCAGUGCGUGUGGCGCGCGCCGGGCGGCGCUGCCAUCAACAGUCUGGCGAGCGCGGGCCCGCGCCUGGCGGCGGCGUGCGGGUGGGUGUUCUGCGCAAACAUAGCAAUAAAACCGAACCGAUUAAUUUGUAUUGUCGAAAACUUUCUAAUGAGUCCAGAUUAUCGAUUCGACGGAUUCGGCUUCUCAGCCGAAAGAAGAGAAACAACGGACACGAGACACCCCGGUGAGCACUACCGGCGCGCGAGCUCCGACGGGCGCGUGCGCGUGUUCUGCGUCGCCGGCGGGCGCCUGCGGCUCACGCUGGAGCUGCCCGCGCACGCCUACGCCGCGCUGGCCGUGGACCUCGGCGCCGGCCUGCUGCUGAGCGGCGGGCGCGACGGGCGCGCGCGCCUGGGGCUGGCGGGCGCGGCGGGAGGCGGCGGCGCCGUGCGCGACGCGCGCCUGUCGCCCGCGCGCCCGCCGCUGCUGCUGCUGGCCAGCGACGACGGCGUGGCGGCCGUGUGGGGCGUCGAGCCGCUCACACCGGAGCCUCUGCACGCGCGCGCGGCCGCGCACGACGCCGGCGUGCUGAGCUGCGACUUCGAGCGCGGCGCGGCGGCGGGCGCGGGCGCGCACCUGCUGGCCACGGGCGGGCGCGACGGGCGCGUGCGGCUGUGGCGCACGGCGGGUGGCGCGCUGGCGGCGGAGGGCGCGCGCGCGGCGCACGCGGGCGGCGCGGUGUGCGUGCGCUGGGGUGAGGGCGCGGCGGCGGCGCUGCUGGCGACGGGUGGCGCGGACCGCUGGGCGCGCGUGUGGCGCGUGGCGCUGGCGGGCGGGCGCGCGCAGCUGAGCGCGCUGGCGGCGCUGCCGGCGGCGGCGGGCGGCGCGGUGGCGACGUGCCCGGCGGCGGGGCGCGUGGCGGUGGGCUCGCUGGGCGGCGAACUGGCGCUGUGGCGGCUGCCGGCGGCGCGCGCGGCGGGCGAGGGCGCGGACGCGCGCGCGUGGGGCGCGGCCGGCGUGCUGCGCUGGCUGCGCGAGUACGUGACGCGCGCGCCGGGGGCGCCAGGAGCGACGGGGGGCGCGGAGGCGGCGCGGCUGGAGCGCGCGGCGCGGCGGCUGGACGGCGCGCGGCUGCUCGACGCGCCGCUGCGGGAACUGCUGCACGUGUUCGGAUACGCAACGGACACCAACACUGCGGACAGUGUCGACGAAACUGACGAAACCGAUUUGGCAGUCUUGACGGACGAGAGCGAUGCGACGGAUGAGACCGAAGUGGACGAGCUUGUGGAGCAAGAGGUCAACGCGACGGGCGCAGAGGAUGGAGUGGAUGGAGUGGAUGCAGCGGAUGAAGAGAAUGCAGCGCAUGAAGAGGAUGCAGCGGAUGCAGCGGAUGAAGCGGAUGCAGCGGAUGCAGCGGAUGAAGCGGAUGGAGAAGUUGCGGCAGAUGUGGCUGACGCGUUGCUGGAGCGACUGAGAGACGAGUUACUGUGGCUGCGGCGAGACGACGUACCGGAUGAGCUGGAGAGUCGCGCGCCGCACUCGCUGCGCUGUCCGCUGACGCACCGCUUACUGCGCGAGCCGGCGCGCGCUGCCGACGGGUACACGUACGAGCGGCAGAACUUCCUGCACUGGCAGCUGGCGAGCGGCGGGCUGCGGUCGCCGGUGAGUGGGCGGCGCUUGCACAGCGCACAGCUGGCGCCCAACUACGGCGUGCGCGAGGCGCUGCGGCGGUUCGUGGGCUGGCCGCGCCUGGCGCCUGCGCCCGUCACUCCGCACGACGGCUAAAGACGGAUCGCAGCGCACUCUUGCAAUUCAGAGACUACAAGUGGUGACAGUGUUGGUGAACAAUUAAUUUUAUUUAAUUCCCAAUAAACCUUAAAGUAAAAAAUAGUCUCAUAUUUGCACAUCUCUUGCUCAACAUAAGUGGUGCCUUUGUUAUGAACAACCAUAUUUUUUUUUACAUCAUACUUCCUACUAGUGACCAUCUAAUAAUAAUAAACACUUUGAAUUCUUCUUGGUAAAACAAUCACUAUUUUGUUUUUCUAAAAUAAUACAAAUUUUAAUGAAGACUUUUGUCAAUAUUUAUUUAUAAACAUCUUGAGCUCAUCGUUCAGAUUGUUCAUUCGUUCUGUGUGCGUGGAGCUCGUGAGCGUGUGACCAGAGGACAGCAACAACUUCUGCUCACUCCUCACUCCUCGGUUUACCGAGAUGCGGAGUAGCGCCGACCGCCGCUGUUGAAAACCUACUUACUUAUUUAUUAAAAGACUACUUACCUCCUUACUUACUUUAUUAAACCUACUUACUUAUUAUUAAAAGAGUUUGUAGUUUAGUUUAGUUUAAAGAGUUUUUUUGUAUCACAUGUUUUUAGCUUAGUCCGGC